AUGCGCGCCUUCAACAUCGUCCUCGGCCUGGCCGCUGUCAUGCUGCCCAGCAUGCACGCGGUGCCAGUGCAAUCCAUCUCCGAACGACAGUCAACCGACCAGCCAAGCACCAUCGAUGGCACUCCGUUCCGUCUGGCAGUCCGGUAUGCGCAGGGCGCAUAUUGCCAGCCCUCUCUGCAACGUCUACUCUUUUCGAGAGGUCGGGUCAUCUACGUUGCCGGCGACAACGCAAAGCUACCGAUCACCUUCGUGGCUUACGACGAGCUGACCAACAAAGUCGUCGUUUCCCACCAGGGUACCAAGUAAGUUUACAGUGCCCGGCCUAAUGGACUAGCGAUGUGCCGGCCACCCAAUCCCUUGCUGACUGUGUUCGACUUUUUCGCUCAUGCUCCGUUCGCAGCCCCACAUCCGCAGAUUCCGUAUACAUCGAUGCGCAAUAUCUACCCACACUGCCAGACCGCAGGCUGAACGGCUGUGUCGAUCCUGGCUCCGCGAUGCACAUCGGCUUUCAAAAGGCCUGGGCAGAGACUGCUGACCCGAUCUUGGCAGCAGUCAAGGAGCAGCUGACGACGCAUCCUGGCGCUACGCUUCUGGUCACCGGACACUCGCUCGGUGCUGCCCUAGCCACGCUGGACAGCGCGUAUCUGCGAUGCAAUCUUCCAGAUGUACCGUUGCAGACCACCGUACUGGGAUUGCCACGCGUGGGAAACAGCAAAUUUGCGGACAGCAUCGACAGGCUUCACAACGGCACCUUCCACUACCUGGUCAAUGGUCAAGAUCCCGUACCUCACAUCCCAUUCCGGCAGCUUUCUUACGAGCACCCUACUGGAGAGGUGUGGAUCAACCCAGCCAACGAGAACGAAGCCCUUAGCUGCCCAGGAAGAGAAAAUUCAAGGUGCUCCAACUCCGUCGACCCGAGAACCUACAACAUCGGAGACCAUGUUGGGACCUACUUUGAAAGACAACUUACUGGUUUCCCAUCGCCCAACCUCUGCUAG